AUGUUUACCCCCAAUGAGAAGCCGCCGGCCGCGGACAAGGCCAUUGCUCAAAGUGCCACCGACUCGGACAACGAUGCGACAGCAACGCCCAAGUCUGAGGAGGUCUACGCCGGCAGUGGAGGCAAGGAUACCAUCUGGGCUGCUGGAGCAUCGGGUGCGUUGUACGAGCCCAUCCCCGAGUAUGAGGGAAGGCACCGCUACGACCCUACCGCUGUAUGGACGGAGAAGGAAGAGAAGAAGCUCGUGAGGAGGCUGGACUACCGCAUUUGCUCCUGGGUGUGCAUCAUGUUCUUCGCCCUUCAACUCGACCGCGGCAACAUCAGCCAGGCCCUGUCAGACAACAUGCUCGACGAUCUUGGCCUCACGACGAACCAGUACAACUACGGCAUGACCAUCUUCUACGUGACCUUUCUCAGCGCGGAGCUGCCCUCGCAGAUGAUCUCGAAAAAGCUCGGCCCCGACGUCUGGAUCCCCAUUCAGAUGGUCAGCUGGUCCAUUGUCGCGGCAUGCCAGUCCAUCCUCGUGGGUGAGAAGGGAUUCUACGCGACCCGCGCGCUGCUCGGCCUCCUCGAGGGCGGCUUUAUCCCCGACGCCAUCCUGUACCUGACCUACUUCUACACGAGCAAGGAGCUUCCCAUCCGCCUGAGCUACUUCUACACCUCGUCCUACCUCACGCAAAUCAUCGCAGCCUUCCUCGCCGUCGGCAUCUUCCAGCUCCGCGGCGUCGGCGGCUGGGAGGGCUGGCGAUGGAUGUUCGCCAUCGAGGGCGGUCUGACGGCCCUCAUCGGCGUCUUCUCGUACCUCUACAUGCCCCCGUCGCCGACGCAGACGGCCUCCUGGUUCCGCGGCCGCAAGGGCUGGUUCACCGAGCGCGAGGAGGUCGUCAUGGUGAACCGCAUCCUGCGCGACGACCCCAGCAAGGGCGGCAUGCACAACCGCCAGGGCCUGACGCUGCCGCUCCUCUGGGCGUCCCUCACCGACGUCGACCUCUGGCCCAUCUACCUCAUGGGCUUCACCGUCCUCAUGCCGCUGCGGCCCGUCAUGGCCUACUUCACCCUGACGCUGCGCAACCUCGGCUUCACGACGCUGCAGACCAACCUGCUGACCGUGCCGGCCUUUGCCAUCUUCAUCUUCCAGCUCAUCUUCUGGUCGCGAAGAACGCUCACGUCCUUUCUUCGCGCAGUCGGCCUGACCUCCCGCAACGCCGGCUCCGUCCGCACGCGCACCGUCGGCAGUGCCGUGUACAACAUGACGGUGCAGACGAGCAGCAUCAUCGGCUCCAACACACGGCUGACCGCGCAGAUCUACCGCGCCGACGACGCCCCCCUCUACCGCCGCGGCAACAGGGCCAUCAUCGGCAUCAUCGCGUGGAACUUUGCCUCGGCCUUCCUGGUCAAGGGCUACUACAUGUGGCGCAACAAGAAGCGCGACCAGGCGUGGAACGCCCUCGGCGCCGCGGAGAAGGACCACUACCUCGCGACGACGACGGACGAGGGCAGCAGGCGGCUGGACUUUCGGUUCGCGCACUGA